AUGCCUGGAUACCUUAGAGCUGUACUCAACCCAAUUAUUGGUGCAGAAAAACAAAAACCCGAUGACUACGUUGAAGAUGACAGUUCGGAUGCUCAAUUCUCUAUCGGUGCUCCCGUGGAAAAGAUUAAUCCAUUAGGAUAUAAUUUAGAUUACUUUACGGCAUACUUCAUGGCCCUUCAAGGAGUUAUUGGAACUGGUAUUUUCGCCAACCCUGCUAGUAUUUUAAAAUCUAUAGGCUCUGUCGGUGCUAGUUACGUACUUUGGGUCACUGGGUUUAUCAUCGCUAUGUUGCAAAUUUUAGUAUAUAUUGAGUUUGUAACUUAUUUUAAGCGUCGUUCUGGUGGAAAUGUCGUCUAUUUGGAACAGUCUUAUCCAAAGCCAAAAUUUUUAGUUGCCUCAACUUAUGCUGCUGUUAGUGUUAUCUUGUCUUUCCUGACUUCAUCAGCGAUUGCAUUCGGACUGUACAUAUUAGCAGCUGCUAAUUAUGAUGCUACUGCCUGGCAACAAAGAGGUGUUGGUGUUGCCGUAUUGACGUUUGUUUGCGUAUUGACCAUUGCCAACUCAAGACUUGCACUUCAACUUUCGAACUUAUUGGGUUUCAUUAAAACAGUUUUUGUUAUCUUCAUUGCAAUUACAGGUCUCGUAGUUCUUGGAGGAAAUACAAGAGUUGAAAACCCAACUAAAGUGUUCCAUAAUUCGUGGGAAGGGACAACUAAAGAUGGGAAUGCAAUUUCAAAUGCAAUUAUCAAAGUUGCUUUCUCCUAUGGUGGAACACAAUAUCUCUUUGCAAUUGCUGGUGAAGCCGACCCCAGAAAAACUAAAAAUAUGUUUAAGUAUUUCCUUCCAGGUGUUAUGUUUUCAAUUUUCAUCUUUUACUUAUUGAUUAUUACGGCCUUCUAUGCUGGUAUCGGAGACGUCGAUACAAUUAAAAAAUCAGGCAGUUUAGUUUCAGCAGUAUUUUUCAAAAGUGUUUUUGGAACCGAAAAAGCUGCUACAGCUUUGGAUGUUUUCGUUGCGCUCUCAGCAUUGGGUCAUUUACUUGCGGUUGUAGUCGGUCAAUCGAGAUCAAUCAGAGAAUGUGGUAGACAAGGUGUUUUACCUUAUGCAAGCUGGUGGACGACUACCAAACCCUGGGGAACUCCUGUUUUACCUGUAAUUGCCAUAUGGAUUGUCAACAUCAUAGUGCUUCUUGCACCACCCCCAGGUGAUGCAUAUAAUUUUGUGGUUGAUAUCGGUUCAUAUUCUGGAUAUAUAUUCAGCUUAUUAUUGGUUGUCGGAUUAUUGCUUGUCAGAAAAUCCAGGAAAGCUGAGGGCUUAGGAUACGAAGGGUUCAAAGUUCCAUUGCCAAUAGUUGUUAUUGUUAUUUUAUAUUCUAUAUUUGUUAUUGCCCUUGCAUGGGUUCCUCCUUCUGAUGGUACAUUGAUUGGGUCAGAUGUUUCAUUUUUCUACGCUGCCUACACAAUUACGACAGUUGGUUUACUUUUGUUGUGUGUUGCAUAUUACUAUGUUUGGGGUAGAAUCUUACCUAAAAUCUUUAAGUAUGAGCAUAGAACAUCGUACUACACGUUGGAAAACGGAGAGAAAGGUCACACUGUUAUUAAAGUUCCCUAUGCGGAAUUGGCAGAAUGGGAUGCUCACCAUGAUAGUAAUGGAAGACUACUUGAAAGCGAUGACUUAAGUUCUCUCAAUGUGGUUGACGUUGACCAUGGGGAAGAAAUUGGAAAAAAAGCCUCUCCAUAG